AUGGGCAGCACGGACGGUGCCGACAAUACCGCUCACAUGCAACACCCGCAUCCCGACAUCGAAAAAACUGCGCGGCCAGAGUCUGAUCUCGGCGGUGACACGGAGCGGGAGAGCAAAGAUGCCAGACAACCCAUUCCUGAAGACAACGCGACGCCAGCCGAUGCUGCGAAGGUGGAAGACGCCGGCCCUCCUGACGGAGGUGCCGCUGCCUGGUUGGUCGUCUUGGGCGCAUGGUGCUGCUCAUUCUCCAGCCCAGGCUGGAUCAACAGCGUCGGCAGCUUCCAGCAGUAUUACGAGGUCGGACCUCUCCAAGACUAUUCCGCCAGCACCAUUGCCUGGAUUCCGUCGCUGCAAAUAUUCUUCCUGUUCGCGUUGGGGCCCAUCGUCGGCAUCAUAUUCGACAACUACGGACCGAGGCCGCUUAUCAUUGGCGGGACCUUUCUUCACGUCUUUGGGCUGAUGAUGGCGUCGCUGGCAAAAACGUACUAUCAGUUCCUCUUGUCACAGGGAGUGUGCAGCGCCCUCGGUGUUGCGUGCUUGUACUCCCCUGCCCUCGCCUGUCUCUCGACCUGGUUUGCCAAGAAGCGCGGAGCAGCCAUGGGAAUCAUGGUUACCGGCUCAUCAGUCGGUGGCGUCAUCUUCCCCAUCAUGAUCAGCCGCAUGAUCUCGAGCGUCGGGUACCCUUGGGCCAUGAGAACUGGCGCCUUUGUCAUCCUCGGACUGCAAAUCAUUGCAAUCUUCACGGUUCGCCCGCGAGUGAAGCCUGUACCCAAGAAGAUGCCCGUCGGCCGCUUUGCAGCACCUUUCAAGGAGUUCCCGUUCGUCAUGUUGCUCGUCGGCAUCUUCGUCUUGACCUAUGGCAUCUUCAUCCCCAUCGACUACCUGGCUUCGCAGGGCUACAAGGAGGCGCACAUGUCGGAGGAGAUGGCACAAUACCUGGUGGCCAUAUUCAACGGUGCAAGUCUGUUCGGGCGUCUGGCCUCUGGAUAUGGCGCCGACAUCAUCGGAAGAUGGAACAUGUUCAUCAUCGCCUGUACCCUUUCUGGAAUCACCGAGUUUGCAGUCUGGAUCCCCGCCACGCGCGCGUCCGUUGCCAUCGGCUUUGCAGUCAUGUUCGGUUUCGCUUCAGGGGCCUUCAUAGGUCUUUCCGGCGCUCUUCCUGUCUCGGUGUCUCCCCUGCCCGAGGUCGGCUACCGACUUGGUGUGGUUUUCCUGGCCAUCUCUAUCCCCGCCCUCACCAUGGCCCCCAUCGGCGGAGCCAUCCUCCAGGCAUCUGCCAACGGCUGGCUGAACGUCAAGAUCUUCGGUGGCGUCAUGUGCCUCGCAGGGUCGGCCAUUAUUCUGGUGGCCAGGCUUCUGUACACCGACAAGAAGCUUUUCAAGGUGUUUUGA